AUGAGCAGUCCAGGAGGCGAGGACGAAGGGGAGGUGAGGAGUCCUAGGUCAAAGAGUCCUGUGAUGGGCGUGGCAGGACUCCUACGGGACCAUCCUAAGACUGGAGGCGGCGGCGGGUUGGAGGAUGAGGGUCGUCGGGGGUCAGGCGGAGGCAUACUGAAGCUUGACCCGACGAAGCAUAGGAGGUCAUCGGCUGCUUCAGUGGAGUUCCGGACUGACAAGGAUGACCCUUCUUCUCCAUGCCCGAGUGACCGCUUGAGCGUGACCUGGGCAGAUGGCGAGAGAUCAGUGUCCAGCGAUGGUGUGUCCCUGGUGCCGCGGGGUCAUGGGGCCUCACCUGACCAGCCCUCCAUCAAUACACUGGUGCCAGCUUGCGGGAGUCUUCUUGAGGAGUCCCCCAUCCCCCCAAUGAACCCCUCCCCGCACCCUAGCCAUCAGGAGGGGCCGGUGGUGGGCGUAGGAGGCCAGGACGAGGAAUAUGGGGCCAGCGUCUCGGCCAUUCUUCGGCGCGCCAGCUGCAAGGGGACUAGGCGGAGCACAAGGAGGAAGAAGAAGAUUAGGAGGACGAGCACGAUGACCACGAGUUCGGGGGAGACGGUGGUGGAGGUGGAGGGAAUGUCCGAGGAGGAGGAGGUGGCGGAGACGCUGAGAAUCCACAAGGAGGUUCUGACGGGCGUGAAGCAUCAGCCUUGGCCUAUUGCGAGGAAGCUUCGUCUGAUUAGGGCCUCGCGGGAGUACAUACGCAGACACGAGGGGGAGAUGGAGGAGCGGUUAGCCCAGAGCAGCAGUACCCGAGACGUGCUGCUUCGGUGCUUCAUACGCGCUAGACGGGUGCUGCGGGCGGGGGUGCGGGCGGUGUACGUGUGGGUGUCUGGCCUCGAGCCUUGGCAGGGGCGCAUCAAGACCAUCGAGUCGCACUUCGGGUCCGCGGUUGCCUCUUAUUUCACCUUCCUUCGCUGGGUGCUCGGCCUCAACCUGGCACUCACGGCACUCCUGGCGGCCUUUGUCAUCAUCCCGGAGUUUCUGGCCGGCGAUCGAAGCAGUGCAGGGGAGAGGAAGUCCAUCUUGGCCUGGGAGCGCAUCACGGCCUAUGACUUCAAGGUGCUGUGGGACUUCGAGGGCAUCCUGAGAUAUUCCCCGAUCUUCUAUGGCUACUACAGCAAGGCACCGUUCACCAGGGAGGGCUACAGGCUCCCCUUGGCGUACUUCCUCACUUCCCUCGCUGUCUAUGCCUACAGUUUUGUGGCUAUUCUGCGGAAAAUGGCCGCCAACUCUCGCAUGUCCAAGCUGGCUGAGGACGAGGAGUGCACCUUCACCUGGCGGCUACUGGCGGGCUGGGACUACACCAUCGGGAACCUGGAGGCAGCGCAGAACAAGGUGGCCGCCAUCAACACAGGCUUCAGGGAGUCGCUUCUGGAGGCCCGGGAGUCAGAGAAGGAGGAGAAGAGCUGGCGGCUGCGAGGGCGUCGAGCGUUGGCCCACCUGAUAGUUGUGCUGCUGAUCCUGGGCAGCGCCUACGCCGUGGUGCUGCUGGUGCGCCGCUCCGAGGGCGUGGACAGCACCUCCUCCUGGUGGCGGCAGAACGAGCUCACCAUCACGCUCACCCUCAUCUCCCUCGUCUACCCAAACCUCUUUGACCUGGUUGGUUUGCUUGAGUUGCGUCACCCCAGGAACCAGUUACAGUGGCAGCUGGCUCGCAUCAUGUCCCUCAACCUCCUUAACUUGUACACCCUCAUCUUCGCACUCUUCUCCAAGGUGGACGACAUGACGAAGGAGCUCGGGUCACUGAAAACCAACCUGACCUUCACAUACAGCCAGGAGGUCACCAUGCAGGAAACCACACAACCCUGGCUCCCCAACAUGACCUCAGAUGACCUAAGCUACAUAUCCGAGGGGCUUAACACAACUUAUGACCUCACCACCUCGUUCGUCAAUAGCCUGAGCUCGACGCCAUUGACAGAUAUCCUCAACACUGUGACCUCUGCUAUACCCUCAAUGACCACCCUGUCCGAUGAAGCUUAUACAUACCUAGGCACGGAGGACACUCGCGCACCUUCCCUCGCCCCCUCCCUGGCCGCCUCACUCCUCACGGCUCUCCCCUUCGCUAAACUUCCACUGCCAAAAGGUGACCCAAGAUUAGCGGCUCCCCUCCCACCAGGCUGCUACCUCAUGCCAACCACCUGCUCCACCACCUCCACUCGGCCCUCCACACCCCUCUCCACACACACAGCCUCCACCUCACCCACCACAGACACAUCCGCAGCAUCCACUUUAAACACACAGCCGCCCUCAUCCACGUUAAACUACAGCGACUGGGCCAGAGCGAUAUAUGGCGAAGGGAGUGUGGAUUUGAGUAGCUAUGGGGAUGAGCCUGUCUAUCUUAGCGAGGAGAAUGUAACCUCAAUAGAUUGGGCAUCCACACCAUAUCUGACAGAACCAGGAAUGACGGACAAUGAUUUCACAGCUAAUAUGGAUCCGAGCGAGACUUCCAACGCUUCAGAACUUGGUGGUAAUCGUACAGUCCCCUCCGAGACUCCUGGUUUUGGUAUUGAUAUGAAGGGUAAUGGCAGCGUCUCCCCCAUUGAUCCCCCCUUAGUAAUGCCUCUAUGGGGGAGUAAUGGGUUUAAUGGUAAUGGAACUGUGGGGUCAGAGGAACAACCAGAAGACUUAGGUAAUAUGUCAAGGAGUAUGUCGUCUCAUGGGUUUGAUCUGCACUCAUCUCCAAGCCUUAGCGAAGAGAGAACACCCGAGACUUUAAAUAACUCCGAGGCCUUGAGAGAGUUCCCGGAUAGUACGGUGGAGUCUGCCCUUGAAUCUACUAAUGUGGAGACAACAACUAUCACUUCAGGGGCUAAGGAAGGCGAGGCAGACUUACUUACAAAUGCCACAAACAACACUGAUGGAGCGUCGCCGGAAUUCGCUAAAAUGGAAACGUCGACGGUGGCUCCAGACGCUGAACGGGACGGAGAGGAUAAGAACUUGGUGAACCUUUUGAGUCUGGUGCCAGGGAAACAAAGGCUUUUCUACAUGGGAAGCCUUGAGGAGUUGGAGGAGAUGGAUGCUGAAGAAGAUGCUGUGAGGUUUGCCGGAGUCCAUGGUGGGAGAUCGAGAAGCAAGAGGGAAGGUGAAGCUGGCGGAAAAGAUAAAUCGUCUGAACCACAAACACAAAAUCGGGAAAAUCGGGAAUAUUCUACAGCCAUCACAGAGGAUCAAAAGGCUAAGAAAAAGAGAUUAGCUGAAAAUUCUAAUGCCAUGGAGUAUAAGGGGAAAAAAUAUAUCAUAGUUAGGGACAAAAACGAUGAGAUACAGGCAGGAAAGGGAGAUCAGGAUGGUAAGCAAGAGACAUCAGCUGAAAGUUCUAAUGCCAUGGAGUAUAAGGGGAAGAAAUAUAUAGUUAAGGACAAGAACAGUAAGAAAGUGUCUGGAAAUGAAGAAAAAUUGCAUACCCAUUCAGAAGCGUCUCGAGAAAUGGAACACAUCACCAUUAACGAAGAGCAAGCCAUGGAUAACGAGGAGACCAAAAAAGAACAGACAUCGCGGAGAGUCAAACGAGUGAUUAACGACUAUGGGGGGGUAGGCGUCAACUAUGCACAUUACCUUCCGGACGCAACUAACGAAGAGGAGGAGGAUUACGUGACCUACGACCUUCCGCCAGAGGACAACCUUAACCUGACAAACCCGGAACGCAAUACCACACCAGAGAGCCUCACCACAAUGGAGUACGCCAAAGAAAAUGAGACGGAAUGGGGUAUUAAAAUGAUUCUCCCCACUGUGCCAGCGCUCAAUAUAUCGACAACUGACAGGGGGGCAUACUGGGCAAAGCUUACGAGGGCGGUGACGGAAGAGGGAGAUGCUGGGGAGACGCUCGAACCUGCUAUGGGGGUCGAAACUGUGACGGACUAUGAGGGUGUGGCAAACUCAUCAUCUGUGGAAAGUGAUGAUGGUGAAGAUGAGGAGUGUUUCAUUGUAGUGUGUGAAGAGGAGGUCAUUAACACCACUGAAACACCCACCACAGAAACACCCACCACAGAAACACCCACCACAGACACCACAACACCCACCACCACCAUAACCACAUCACCAGUACCCACCACCAGCACCACUGCAAUCACCACCACCACCACCACAGCCGAGCCCACCACCGCCCACUCCUUCCUGGUUCAGCCGAUGCAAGACAACCCCGAGAGAUGGGUAUCGCGGCUGCCCCCCAAGUCCCAGGAACGUCUGAGGAAGUUGUGCUGGGAGACCAUGUUCGGGCAGGAGAUCAUCAAGCUGACAGUCAUGGAUUUGGUGGUGACGGUGGUGACGGUGGUGUUGACGGAGUACGUGCGGGCGGUGGUGGUCCGUCUCUUCAACUCGUGCUGCUGCUGGGACCUGGAGAAGCAGUUUCCGGGAUACGCUGACUUCAAGAUUGCCGAGAACAUCCUGCACCUUGUUAAUAAUCAGGGGAUGGUCUGGAUGGGUAUGUUCUUCGCGCCAGGCCUUCCUCUCCUCAACACCUUCAAGCUGCUGGUGCUGCUCUACGUUCGUUCCUGGGCAGUCGUCACUUCAAAUGUCCCCCCAGAAACUGUCUUCAAGGCCUCCGAUAACAAUAACUUCUACCUUCUCUUCCUCCUGACAAUGCUAUUCCUCUGCACGCUGCCUGUCGGGUAUGCCGUGGUGUGGCUUGAACCGUCCUGGCACUGUGGCCCCUUCAGCGACUACCCCAAGAUUUACCAGCUGGCCACCUCGACCCUGAUAGGUGGCCUCCCGCCCUCCCUCUACCCCAUCAUCGACUACAUCUCCUCCCCUGGCGUGGUCAUCCCUGCUGGCCUCCUGCUCGUCCUUGUGAUCUACUACCUCGUCUCCCUCACGGCAGCGCUCAGGGAGGCCAACAGUGAUCUGAGGGAUCAGCUGCGUCAGGAAAGGUCCGCCGAGAAGAGGAAGGCCCUGGAUGCACGCUCUGGGAAGGGACGAAGCGAGACACCGACAUCCAGGUGGGGCCGAGUGGUUCCUCUCACGCCCUUACCGCGGCCUCGACUAGAUGCUACCAGCAGCGACCCGGAGAAGACGGCAGCGCAUGUCAAGAAGCCUCACGCAGCUUUAUCCCCCGAGGCCGAGAACGGACCCAUCAUAGCCUUGUGCGACCCCCCAAAGCCCAAGGACGAGGGGCCGUGGCCUGACGACGUGACAGACUUGGGCCACUCGGAGGUGUUCGACGAUUCACUUUCCGAGUCACGGCAGGUGGGGAGGGAGAAGAUGCGGGGGGAGGGCACUUCCGAGAGACACGAGAGAGUGAAGGAGUACCCAGAGAAGGAGAGGGAGCAGGAGAUUCACCACAGAGGGAAGUCGAGAAAGAACUCCUUCUCGAUGCCAGCAAAGGAGGAGGGUGAAUUCAUCUUAUCCCGAGUGCCAAAAGGGAGGCAGAAAUCAUACGGUAGCCAGACUCGAGGCCACAGACUACCCCAAGAGAGGAAGCAGUCCGACGAGAGCCUCCACCGUGACUCACCGACCAAACCAAAGCCCAGACCGUACGUAGACUCGCCCAGGGAACGCCGUAGAAGCUCGAGCUCGUACGCAAGCAAAGUCAAGCACAAGUUCAUGGACGAGAGCGCUCCGGAACCCAACACAACCCAGGAAGUGAACAAGACUGCCAGAACGCACCGAGGAUUAGCCAAGCGGGACUCUGAUAAGCUGCCCCCAGAGCCAGAGACGCCGACUAAGGGAGCGCCGUCGGUUAGGCAUCGCAGGGAGCCGUCGAUACUGAAGAUGGACGACCUGAGGAGGGGGAGCAACGGGCAGAAGGCAGGAGGCAAAGGGGCUACAUCAGGGCACCAUCGUAGCAGCUCGGACGACUCUCAGGGCAUGCAGACGAUUCCUAUUAUCAAGAUCAGCAAGGAGGACAGUGUUGAGCGUUCCCUUCAGCAGGCAAAACUACAACGCCAGGACAAGACACAGGAGGAGACCGAUGCCACAGCCGCCACCAAGCACCCCUCGCAAAGCCCUGACGCCACCUCACACAGCCCCAAACACCCCUCAAACAGCCCUGAUGCCCCUUCACGCACCACCAAGCACCCCUCGCAAAGCCCUGACACCACUUCACACAGCUCAAACACAGCCUCGCCACAGUCCAGGGAUCGCAGCGGCAGUAACAACAUCGACUUAAAAACUGUGCCAGGGAAGGAAGUCUCGGUUAAGCCUAAGAAAUCUAAGCCUGCCCCCAUUGAGACGAACUUAGAUGACCCCUACCUCCCGGAGUCGGACACGGUUGCCCUAAUUGCUAAGGUCGAGGAUGAGAUUGUCCCCCUUCAGUUAGCGGUUGAGGAGGAGACGGUGAUUCUAAGCUCAGAUGAGGAGUCGACGCUGCUUGAAAAAUGAGGUGAGGGAUGGCUUUGUAGUUUGUAGAGUGAGGUAAUGGCUUUGGUAGCUACGUAGUUUGUGGAAAAAUAAAUGGUCUGGUAGUUGUUUUUGAAGUUCGUAGAGAAAUAAGGUUACGAUCUGAAAAUGAGGUUAUGGUAGUUUGUAGAGGAAUGAGGUCAUGGUUUUGGUAGCUAUGUAGUUUGUGGGAAAAUAAAUGGUCUAGAAGUUGUUUUAGAAGUUCGUAGAGGAAUAAGGUUACGAUCUGAAAAUGAGGUUAUGGUAGUUUGUAGAGGAAUGAGGUAAUGGUUUUGGUAGCUACGUAGUUUGUGGAAAAAUAAAUGGUCUAGAAGUUGUUUUAGAAGUUCGUAGAGAAAUCAGGUAACGAUCUGAAAAUGAGGUUUUAUUAGUUUGUAGUUUGUGGAGAAAUGAAGGUCUGGUGUGGUAGUUAAUGACAGACUAGUAGAGGUAAUGGUCUAGUAGUUAUUUAUAAAGUUUGUGAAGAAAUAAGGUACAGGACUGUUACGAGAGAUAAGGUAUUGGUCUGCUAGUAUUCUGUAGUUUAUGGAGAGACUAGCUAAUGGUCUAGUUAUGACUCUUAAAGUUUGUAGAGAAAUGAGGUAAUGUUUUGAUAGUUAUAGAUGCUGUUGGUCAGGUUGUGAUAGCACUUGAAUUUGUGAGAGGAAAGUAUUAAGAUUGUCCUUGUAUGGCCUGUGCAAAAGCUGAGUGUCAUUAAGAAAACUGACGAUGAAGGGAGAGUGAGACAUGUUCAGUUCAGUUACAGGGAUCAUUUGCUCUCUGAAACGUGCUAGAUAUAAAUGAACAUGUAUUUUAUGGGUGACUCCAGUAUACAGGGAGAGGUCACCCCUUUUAAUUUUUAUCACGAUCAUAAAUGGUACUUGCAUAAUUGGUUCCAUUGGAGUCCCACAUUUAUACGAUCUCUUACUGUUGCACUUGUCUGUUAUGAGGGAUAGGUUUAAGUACCUCUCGUUUAGCUGUACCGUUCACUCCUACGAUAAUGUUACGGGGUAUUAUUAAGACCCAUAAAUGAGCACACAGCAGCACUCACAUAACCUAUUCUGUCCGUGCCAAAUUUCCUUAACAAUGUAUUUUAGUGAUCAGUCGGUCCGUGAUGACUUUGCAUUUGUUCUGUGACACGUAAGUCCUUAUUCGAUUGUAUGUUGAAGCUGGUGUGAUUAUGAUGACAACACGGAUUAUGGAGGGAUGUUAUUGCCACCUUCCCACAGUAGACUUGACCUUCGUUUCUGAAGAUUUAACUCCUAUUAGUGAUUUUGGGACAGUGGUGACAUAAGCCCACUGUAACCUGUCCGCUGCGAUUGGCACGGAUUUUGCCUUCACUGGUAGCCUGGUAACAUAUAGUCCCAAGUCUUUCUCUGCCUCUGUGGUGGAUAGUGGAGUGUUUCCCAUGUGGUAUUGGUGUGCUGGAUAUCCCUUCACUGGUACCCUGGUAACAUAUAGUCCCAAGUCUUUCUCUGCCUCUGUGGUGGAUAGUGGAGUGUUUCCCAUGUGGUAUUGGUGUGCUGGAUAUCCCCUUUACAUUUUUCUUCAGUGAAUUGUAUCAGCCACUCUUUGUUCCACUCCUGUAGCUUGGUGAUGUCUUCUAGUGGGAAAUCCACAUCCAAGGGGUUGAAAGUCCUGUCUCAACUACCAGAAUGUUUAUUCAGCAUACACCAUAGAAAAUUGACAAAAGGUUUAACGCUUGAGUAUGCCAAGAAAUGUAAAGAGACUAUUGAACAUGUUAACCACGUCUUGAUGAACCAUGUCCUGCCUUUCUGCAAGUAAAGAGUAUCUAGCGUAACAACCAAUGGGGUCCUCAUUACGAUGGGAGCACAGUUAUGUUUUGGUGGUCAGGGUCACUAAACUUUAGAUUAAGUCAGUUAAGUUAACCUAGCCAUAACAAUUGAAAUGAACACCUACAUAAACUUCAUUGCACAAGACAAGAGGAUUUCGUAACACA